GGGGGUGGGGGGGCCGCCCCUUGGGCCGGGCCUAGCUUUAGGCGCCGCCGCCCCGCCCUUGGCCCGCCCAGCCCGGCCCGAGGGGAGGAACCGGCCCGGCCUCCCCGCGCGGCCCAGAGCCACCUCUGGAGUCGUAGCUACUGCCCUCCGCGCGCCGGACUAGAGGCUACCCCUCGCCCCUCAGGCAGACGCCAUGAAGAUCAAGGAUGCCAAGAAACCCUCUUUCCCGUGGUUUGGCAUGGACAUCGGGGGAACUCUGGUAAAGCUAUCAUAUUUUGAACCUAUUGAUAUCACAGCAGAGGAAGAACAAGAAGAAGUUGAGAGCUUAAAAAGUAUCCGGAAAUAUUUGACUUCUAAUGUAGCAUAUGGAUCCACUGGUAUUCGGGAUGUACACCUUGAACUGAAAGAUUUAACACUUUUUGGCCGGAGAGGGAACUUGCACUUUAUCAGAUUUCCAACCCAGGACCUGCCUACUUUUAUCCAAAUGGGAAGAGAUAAAAACUUCUCAACAUUACACACGGUGCUAUGUGCUACAGGAGGUGGUGCUUACAAGUUUGAAAAAGAUUUUCGCACAAUUGGAAACCUCCACCUGCACAAACUGGAUGAACUUGACUGCCUUGUGAAGGGCUUGCUGUAUAUAGACUCUGUCAGUUUCAAUGGACAAGCAGAGUGCUAUUAUUUUGCUAAUGCCUCAGAACCUGAGAGGUGCCAAAAGAUGCCUUUUAACCUGGACGACCCCUAUCCGCUCCUGGUAGUGAACAUUGGUUCGGGAGUCAGCAUGUUAGCAGUCCAUUCCAAAGACAACUAUAAACGAGUAACCGGAACAAGCCUUGGAGGGGGUACCUUUCUGGGUUUAUGUAGCUUGUUGACUGGCUGUGAAAGUUUUGAAGAGGCUCUUGAAAUGGCAUCGAAAGGUGACAGCACACAAGCUGACAAACUCGUCCGUGAUAUUUACGGGGGAGAUUAUGAAAGAUUUGGUCUGCCUGGCUGGGCUGUGGCAUCUAGUUUUGGGAAUAUGAUUUAUAAGGAGAAGCGAGAAUCUGUUAGUAAAGAAGAUCUAGCAAGAGCUACUUUAGUUACUAUCACCAAUAACAUUGGUUCUAUAGCACGAAUGUGUGCUGUUAAUGAGAAAAUAAACAGAGUUGUCUUUGUUGGAAACUUUUUGCGUGUCAAUACUCUCUCAAUGAAACUUUUGGCAUAUGCACUGGACUAUUGGUCAAAAGGUCAACUGAAAGCAUUAUUUCUGGAGCAUGAGGGAUAUUUUGGAGCAGUCGGUGCACUUCUUGGUCUGCCAAAUUUCAGCUAAAGUAUCAGGUUUAUCUCUGCUAAUGUCAUUCAAGAGGAACUGAAAACCAGAGGCAUUAUUACUGAGUUAUUUUUCACUGGGAACCAAAGGAUAAAAGAGUAGCACUCUUCCUGUUGAUUUUUAAAUGUCAGAAUGGUAAGCUGCUAAAUGUUGCCAUGUUAAAAAGAGAGCUCCAGUAACAUGAAAUAUUUCUAAUUGGAUUGCUUUUCUUUCUGUAUAUAGCCAGUGUUAAAUCCUUAAAUGCAAUACAGCCUCUGAUGAUUGAGCUUCCUCUCAAAAAGACUUUCUAUUUAUUUUAUGUAGCCAGCAUUGCAGUACUGUAUGUUCAAACAUGAAUUUUAAAGUCUCAGAAAUGUUUCACUCAUGAAAAUAAUUGAUUCUGAAUAUUUGUUACAAAUCUGUUCUGUGUGUGUUUUGGUUACUAAUACAUGGAUAGUAACAUACCCUGUGUGGAAUCUUACUGAAAUGGCAAUUAGAAAUGAUUGUUUUUAUGUGAUUUUAGAAAUGUUAAAGAAAUAUUAAUUAUUCAUUAUUGUUUUCCAAAAACAUAUCUUCUCCCAAAAAGGGUGUUUAUGUGAUCUACCCCCAGAAGUAUAAGCUCUUUCAAAUGCCAUAAUUUAAUAGAAAUACUAUUGUUAAACAUUACCUGGAAUUUCAGAGUGAACCCUAGGAAAUCACCACAUAGUUGGCGAUACUGCAUUUUUUGUAUUUUGAUUAUCAGUACAUUUAUAUGUUUAUCAGUACAUUUAAAAAUGUUUUUUAAUUGGAGGCUUAAUUACUUACUUGAAAAUCUGUUCGUUGAGGUCCCAGGAUGCUUCAAAUGGGGCGUAGUUAGUUGAUGUGUAUUGGUAGGGUUCUGUGCUCUUUCUACACCACAUCUAUCUUAGGUCCAGAGUUAGCCAUUUCUGUUUACUUACAUCUGAAGCAUCAAAGCUAAAGACUUUCUUCUUUUAUGAGCAGCAACAAAAUCAUUUAUUCUAAAUGGAUGUUAAGGAAAUCUAAAGGACAAUGGUUUUGAAACAGGGAAUCUGAGGCAGUAUUGCAGAAUUAUGAAAGGAUCAUUGUAUAUUCUGGUAAUAAAAACAUUAUAGUUCCAAAAUUUGUAUAUCUGUUUGCCUUGGAAUUCUAUAUUUUGAAGUCAUUUUUAAAUAAUGCUAUAAAUUUUUUCAGAUGUUUACUUUUGCAGUAACGUUUUGGAGAUCCAAUAAUAGUUCAGCGAAGUUUUCUGAGACUGUUAGUGAUGAUUUUAGGUAGUUGAAAGACUUGGGGAAAUUAGGAAAAAAUAAUUCACUUCCUUAAAUUACAUCUGGAUGUAAUCUGGAUGUAUUUUGAAAAUCUGGAUGUACUUUGAAGAGCUUAAAACUUGUUUACAGAAAGGAAGAAGUGUUACAGUAUGUUUUUACAGUACAGUUUUGCUCCAUAAAGAACAAUUUUCAGCUGACUCUCAAGAGCUGCUUGAUAAAGAUAUUUCUCAAGUUUUGCGUUCAAAUACUUAAAAUUCAGUUUUUCUUUCUCUGUAGACAUGAAUAUAUGAAUAAGAGUAAUGUUCAGAGGGGAAAGCAUGUGAAGGUAAUUUUUUAGAAUUUAGAAUGUUUGGAACUUUGAAUUCAUUUCAGUCAGUGGUCAUUUUGAAAAUCUACAAUGAUUAAACAUUUUCUGCUUAAAUGUUUGCAUUUUGUGACUAGAUAUUUCAGCCAAAAGCUAUCUGUUUAUUUUAGAAUUUUGUGAUUUGGGCAUCUGUACAAAAAGAUUUUGCUUUAAAAUGAUAGCUUUAAGUUUUACACUUGUGACAAAUCAUAUGUUAGCAGUUAUAGGUUUGGGGCUGUCUUUAAAAGAAAUGGAAUGGUAAAAGUAUAUAAAAUUUAGUUUGAUCAAUACUUUGGUUAAUUUGGGACUAUGAUUCAUACUUUUUGUCUUUUGAACCUGAAGCUCUGCCUGCUAAAAUGCAUAUAAAGUGAACGACUUGGCUUUUCUCUUGUACAGUCUAGAAUGACUGGAAUAACUAAUAAGUAUUUUCUAAUAAGAACAUAGAGUUGUGAUGAAGGCUGCCAAGAUUCUAGUUUUUUAUUACAAUCCCAAGAAAAUGCUUGUAAGCAUACAGUGGUAAAUUAGGUUUGGUUCUAAUCCCAGUCAACUUAAUGCUGCAGAGCUCCUAAGUACUUGAACAGUGCGAAUAGAAAUCAAUAUGAGAAAUCAAUGUCUAGUAGACACAUUUAAAAAAUAAAAAGAAACAGAUGAGAUUCUUUUAAAUUAAAUAUUUUUAUUUAAUGCAGUGUAUGUUACCAUUUCAACAUGUAAAACAUUUAAAAAGUUACCUAGGAGUUUUUUAAAGGAUUGUUGCUCCUUAGUCUUCAAAGUCAGCAUAUACUUCACACUUAGAGCACAACUCGGUUUAACCUAUUUCAAGUUUUCAGUAACCACAGUUGAGUAGUGGUUACUGUACUAGUGCAGUUUCUGGAACUAGCUCUUAGAACUAUGAAUAUGGGAACCUAAUUUUUAAAAAAACAAAAAGAGGGAAAAGAAGUACCUUGUUUGGCCUAGUUUAUUUUACUCAGGCUGUAUUUCUGACCAUUCCAAAAAUUAUCUUACAUUGUAUCCUGCCAUCUCAUUAUAGUAUGUAUCAGUCUUCUAAUGAUACUAAUAAAAUUACCCAAGACACA